CGUAAACUAACCUGUAACCCGACCCGGGACCUAGCUCACUAAGAACCCUUUAAGCCCUAAAAUCUCCGAUCACAUCUGAAUUUUGCUUCUUCCUGGCAAUGGCAUCUUCAAGAGUGUUAGGCAGAUUCUCGUCUCGAUUAAAGUCUCUAUGUCAAAAUCUCAGCAACAAGAAUGCCAAUGUUUCAUCACUCCCCUCUCCCAUCAAAUCUGCAUCACCUUCCUCAGCAACUAGUUGUCGUCUCAAUCGAUCUUCAAGAUUACCAGUGGAGUUGAGCUCGAUGAUACCUCUGCACAGUGCUAUAGCAUCGUCCAGGCUCGUCUCAAGUUUGUCCGUUGAAUCCAAAAUCUGGGGAUUAGUUCCUCAAGGUCUUUCAUUGCCUUUAUGACAGUUUUCUUUUCUCAUCUUACAACAAGUUUCCAGGAGGAUAGAGACAUAAACGAAGCUCGGAUUGUAUCGUUCUUUUUAGCUUUUAUUCACAUCCGAAAGUCCUGUAGUUUAGAUUCUGUUAUCUUGCGGUUUUGAGUUAAUCAGAAACAGAGUAAUCAAUGUAAUGUUGCAGGCUAGAUCUUUCAUCUUUGGAAAUUUAUUUUUUUCUCAUGCAAUUUCUUUAGCUUGACCAUGAGUGACUAAAAGAUCAAUCAGUAGCAAUGAUUUGAUUUGGCUAAGAGACAUUUGUCCACUUGGCAUCUUGAUUUGGAUGGUUACAACUUGCAAGACCCAAUUGGAUACUUGCUAUGACAACUCCAACUCAAGAGUGUCGUGUAACUAAGAACCU